AUGAACAUCACCGCGAUGCUUGAGAGCUUCAACCUCCAAACGGUCUCCGACCAGCUCUUCCUCGACGAAAGCCUCGAAGACUUCGGCCAGCUUGUCCAGGAGGAGAGCGAAGCACCAGCGUACACCAACCCUAUCAUCGACAAGGUGCUUGAAGAAGGCGGACCUGAAGCGUUUCGAACGUUUUGCAACUUCACGCCACCUGAGUUCGAUACCCUGUGGGGUAUGGUGGAAUGUGCACUCAACGCACGCUUCAACGAUGGGCGAGGACGCAAGUCAACAACAACACCGCGCGACGCGCUCUUUGUUACAUUCGUCGUUCUUAAGUACUAUCAAACAUGGGAAAAACACGCCAUGGACUUCCGAAUGAAAGCCCCUACUCUCGAGAAGAUGGUCCUCAAAGUCAUCGACACAGUUCAGCCCGUGCUCUACGACCGUCUUGUAACAAUGCCGUCGAUGUCGCAACUUCGUGAGAGCAACAAGCUCUUUCGCAACUUCCCCUACGCCAAAUACGCCACAGACGUCAAGUUCCAGCCGUCACACCGCCCUACCGGUCGCUUUGGGGAGCAGAAAUACUAUUACAGCGGGAAGCACAAACUCUAUGGCCUAAAACUUGAGGCGUCAGUGUCACCCGAGGGAUUCCUUGCUGACAUGAGCCUUUUCUCACCUGGCUCCGUGUCGGACGUGACCAUCUUCCGUGAUCGCAUGGACGUGCACGCUGCAGCCCUGGCCAAGACUGACACCGAACGCUCCAUCAACGACAACGGCGAGCUGUUUGCUGCCUAUCCAGACCACUGGGCAGUGCUUGUCGACAUGGGAUACACGGGACUGACCUCUGUUGCCCGUGCCGUCUACCCGAAAAAGCGACCUGCGAAUGGCUCCUUGGAUCGCCACGACCUUGAUCGCAACGCUGCCGUGUCGUCGGACCGCGUCGUCGUUGAAAACUUCUUUGGCCGCGUGUGUCUUCUUUGGAAGAUCUCCUACAGUACGUUCGUGUGGGGCACCAAGGUGUACGAUGCCAUUCAAAGACUCACCUUUGCUCUGACCAACUUCCAUGUCAGCCUGUUGCCGCUUCGACAGGACGACCAUCACCAGUAUCGCUCUGUGCUGGCCCGCUACGCUCGCAUGGCUGAAGAGUCAAAGACGAGACGGGCCGGUAUCCAGCGGCGCUAUCUUCAGCGCCGUGCCGAGCGCAUGGCGAAUCGAUGUGGCCACGCAAGACGGUUGAGCAUGAUGCAUACUGCCUCGAUUGCUGAGGCUGCGUAA